AUCAUUUUGAAAAAAUUCAACUUUAGAGGGAGAGAACGUGUGUCCUGUGUCGCGCAUGUGAUUUAUUGGCAUUUUGUCAUAGGAAGCUCAAAGGCUUGUAAUUAAUUUCUAGAGAAAAUGAAUUAGAAUUAGAAUAAAACAACCUCCUUCUUUCUCUCUUUUAUCUCUAUCCCAUUUGAUCCAAAAAGUUAUUUAUUUUGCUUUACCAGAACAGGAAAAUCAUUUUGAAUGGAGAAAUUUAGAAAAGCAUAUGACAAGCUUAAAGAUUCCACCAAGGUUGGCUUAGCCAAGGUCAAAAGCGAAUUCAAGGACAUAGAUGUUGCCAUUGUUAAAGCAACAAAUCACGUUGAGAGGCCUCCAAAAGAAAGGCAUAUUGCAAAGAUUGUUGUUGCAACAUCGAUUACAUGCCCACGAGCAGAUGUUGCCUACUGCAUUAAUGCACUUUCUAGACGAUUGUCGAAGACACGCAACUGGAUUGUUGUGAUAAAGACAUUGAUAGUUAUUCAUAGGGUGUUGCGAGAUGGUGAUCCCUCAUUCAGGGAGGAAUUAUUGCGCUGCUCCCAAAGAGGACAUAUUUUUCAACUAUCAAACUUCAAAGAUGACUCAAGUCAUCUUGCUUGGGACUGCUCAGCCUGGGUACGGACAUAUGCGCUCUUUCUGGAGGAAAGACUCGAGUGUUUUAGGACAUUGAAAAAUGAUAUUGAAGCAGAUAGAUUAACUAGAACUUCAGCUGGAAUAAACAAGGUGCAUUGCAGAACUAGGCUUUUGAAUGGCGACGAACUUUUAGAGCAACUCCCAGCAUUACAACAGCUUUUGUAUCGUUUGACUGGUUGCCAGCCUGAAGGAGGGGCCUGCUAUAACUAUCUUAUUCAGUAUGCCUUGGCUCUGGUGUUGAAGGAAAGUUUCAAGAUUUAUUGUGCAAUCAACGAUGGGAUAAUCAAUCUUGUCGACUUUUUUUUUGAGAUGUCAAAGCAUGACGCUAUAAAAGCUCUCAGCAUAUACAAAAGAGCUGGGCAACAGGCUGAAAAUCUCGCUCAUUUUUAUGACUUCUGCAGAGGCUUGGAUGUAGCUCGAACCUUUCAGUUUCCUACAUUAAAACAGCCUCCAACAUCAUUUCUGGCAACCAUGGAGGAAUAUAUUAGGGAAGCACCUCAAACAGGUUCCAUGCAAAAUAAGAGGCUGGAGUACCGAGAAACCAAGCAGAAACCUGAAAAGCCUGAAGAACCUCUCCCCGAAGCAAGUGAAAAAAAAGUUGAAGAAGCUAAAAAUAGUAAAGUAAAACAGGCUGAAGCACAAGAGGAAACAUUGCCUAAAAAUGGAGAAGAAAAACCACCACUGAUAUCAAGAGAAGAGCCUUCUGAUUUGCUGGGUUUGAAUCAAGUGGAUCCAAGAGCUGCAGAAUUGGAGGAAAGCAAUGCAUUAGCUCUUGCAAUCGUUCCACCUGGAAAGGAAAGUCCAUCAGGUAAUCAAGCGAGUGAAGCCGGAAAAACAUCAGGAUGGGAAUUGGCUCUUCUUACAGCACCGAGUAACAAUAGAAGCAAAAUCACACCAGAUAAAAAAUUGGCUGGGGGAUUCGACAAUCUAUUACUUGACAGCUUGUAUGAAGAUGAUGCAACCAGGAGGCAAAUAAAGCUGCAACAGGCAGGCUAUAGUGCGGGGUAUGGGUAUGAAAUGCCUGGACAGAGUUCAGUCAAUCACAAUGACCCCUUUGCAAUGUCAAACCAUAUAGCCCCUCCACCUGGCGUACAAAUGAUGAUGGCUCAGCAACAACAACAAAUGAUGCACCAACAGCCGAUGAUGCAACAACAGCACAUGAUGUUGCAGAAGCAACGGCCACAACAAAAUACGUUGAUGGUGCAUCAUCAAUAUCAAGGCCAAUAUUCUCAAAACACGUGCUACAUGGGAUCUUUCAACCCUUUCGGAGAUCCCUUCGGUUAUCCACAACGCGCCAUGCCACCACAGGGAAACUAUCCAUUGAUUUAGAGGUUUUUUUAAAUAAAAAUACCAUAUUCUUUCUUUCUUUUUGGAUAGAAGAAUUCUCAUUCUCCUCCAAAAGUUAAUACAUCUAACCAGUCAUGUUCUCUCCUUUGCAUUGUUUAUUACAUUCACUUGAGUGGUGAAUUUGUUAAUGUGACUAUAGUCUAGCAUUGGGGCUCUCUCCCAUCCACUCAGUCUUUUUUUUUUUCCCAUAUGUACAUAGAAGCGACCACAAUAUGUGAUCCUACGAGUUACAGAAAAUUGCUCCCAAUGAUUUCGUAGAAGACUCGUUCUUCUAGGGAAUCUUCACAUAGAAUUUGAAAGAGAGAGUUCUCUUUCUUCUUUUCUAUGAAGAAAAAAAUGUAAACUACUAACAAUAACAGGACUUCUUUUUAUUUCCUUUUUACAUAAAACAAUUUAUUUAUACUUAUUGGAAUAUAGAUUAUGGGUUAACCCACAAGGGUGGUCCAAAGGCUAUUUCCUUCAUCUCAUUCAUACAUGGUGGUCAACUCUCAUUCAUAUUCUGUAACUUACAUACAUAAUGAUCAGACUGAGUGAGCAGUGCAUAUUCGAAACUGUCAUUGCUAUACAUAUGUUAAGAAAAUAGGGUGAAAAUUAUUUUCACCCCCCAACUUUGAUCUAAAAAUCAAACUCCCCCCUCAACUUUGAACAAUAGUCAUUCUCCCCCCUCAAUCCUAAUUGACUUUUUCAAAUUCCUAUUUUACCCUUACA